AUGAAGAUUGCAAUCACCGGAGCAGGCGGCUUUGUAGGCCAACUCCUCGCCGAACACCUCCUUCUCGCAGAUCACGAAGUCCUCCUCAUCGACAUCUUUGAACCACCAGUCCCUCCCAAAGCCUCCUCAAAAUCCUCAAAAGCAAAAUGCAUCAAAGCAGAUCUCUAUUCCGAUAGUGCCUCAGUAAUUCCUUCGGAUCUGGAUGCUAUCUAUGUUUUCCAUGGAAUCAUGUCUGCAGGCAGCGAAGCCGAUUUCGAUCUGGGGUAUCGAGUGAACCUGCAAUCGACUUUGAAUCUGCUGGAGACAUUGAGACAGAAGUGCAAAGGUGUGAGGGUUGUUUAUGCGUCUAGUACGGCUAUCUAUGGACAACCUCUGCCUGAAUUGCCUUCAGAGGCCACCCUACCUACACCUUCUUCGUCCUACGGCACUCAAAAAUCAAUGAUUGAAUAUGCGAUCAACGACUUUACUCGCAGAGGAUUCAUCAAUGGGUUUACGCUUCGCUUCCCUACCAUCUCUGUGCGGCCGGGCAAACCCACUCAAGCUGCAUCGUCAUGGAUGAGUGGCAUGUUCAGAGAGCCUUUGCAAGGUAUACCCUCAACACUACCUUGUGCCGAUGACUUCGAGGCUUGGUUAUGCUCUCCCCGCAUCUUGGUUGCCAACCUCCUUCAUGUCUUGACAUUGGACCGAGAUAGUCUGCCUUCUCAUAUGCGCCAGAUCAAUUUGCCUGGUAUCACGGCUAGUGUCAAAGAGAUGCUACAAGCGCUUGAGGAGGUGGGAGGCAAGCAAGCGGUGGAUUUGAUCAAGAGAGAAGAACCGACCAAGGAAAUCAAGGAUAUGUUGGAUUCGUGGCCGAUUAGGUUUGAUGUCAGUAAAGCGAUGGAUCUGGGCUUCAAGCGAGAUGAAAAGUUCAGAGAUGCGGUGGAAGACUUCAAGAAGAGUUUGCAGGAGUAA